AGGAAACGGCCAAAAUGGCCAAUUAAUGUCUGGAGACAUUAAGAUAGGAGCCCUGCGUGCGUCACACCGUGCAUGCCGACACCUGCCCGUCGGGGCCCUUCCCCUGAUGUUUGCAGAUUUGCAGACCUCACAUGCCAAUGACGCAUAUGAAGCCCACACAGGGAAGUCCGCGCCGCUACCGCCAUUUAGCCAGCCGCUUCUGGAGGUUGCUGAGAAACCUGCUGUUAAGUUCGAGGUGCCGGCAGGCGCCAUCUACAACGUCGGGGGGCCGGGCGCGGCCCUGGAAUUUUUAUCGGCGCUGGAAGCACCACCUGCUGUUCAAGGAGCUGAGGCUGGCGCGGGUAAUAGCUAACGGCGAGUGGCUACCGUAUCAUGCGGAGGCAUGCACGUGCUGACAGCGCUGAUUGGGAGGACCUGAACGUGACUGUGGAAUUGACUGAUUGUCGAUACCACUUGUUGUGCUGCGUUAUCCUGACAGUAAAAGGACUAGCUAGCAGAUGACAGACCAUUGUUUCCACAGCACCGCACUACAAGAGCGCGACAGUGGAAAUGACUGACGCCCGCAAAGGCUGCGGAAGACGUUACUACUGUUAGAACCAAACCCGCUGUAACGGCACGUUGCG